AUGUUUUCGUACUUUUUUUAUACAGUUAAUCAACCCAAAGAAAAUUAUGCUACUGUUAAUCAAACCACUACUAAUAAUGCUGGAAAUCAGAAUCAAUCUACUAGCAAUACUGGAAAUCAGAAUCAAACCAACGAUAGUAGUAGUCUUAUAAUAGGGAUUGUAAUUCUUGUGAUUUUGGCUCUUAUUUUCAUUAUUUUGGCCGUAUAUGGAAUGCGCAAUACAGAUCAUAAAGUAUCAUUUCUUUGCAAUUACUUAUUAGCAUUCAUUCUUCCUCCAUUAUGCGUUGUUUUAGUAUUUAAUGAUGGUGCCAAAGAUGGUGCUACACUUAGUAAAACAUUUCAUGUUAUUUUUAAUAUAGUUGGUUCCUUUACUUAUGUUGUUGGU